AUUAAUACCGAUUAAAUAUCAACAACACGUAUAGUGAUUAUCUUCUUUGUAAUGUGUAGUGUUGGUUAAUGGUACAGAAUGAUAUAAAACUAAAUCAUGGAUGAAGAAGAAAUUCCUGUUCUCUCUGGGUUUCUCUCAAUUAAGUCUCAAAGCGGAUUUUCCAUUCGAAAUUCAAGGAAGAAAAAAUAUUUUCAGUUAUUUAAAGCAAGUCGCAAUGGUAUAGAGCGCUUGGAAAUAAGUGACAGCGAAAAUGACAAGAAUAUAAGAAUUGUAACAUUGGAAAAUUGUGUCAAAAUCACGGUUGAGCAUUCUCCAAAUAACACUAUAAAUGUUGUUACAAAAACAGGACAAGUUCAAUUGCAUUCCAAUAACGACAUGUUAAUAAAACAGUGGAAAAUAGCAUUGCAAUCAGUUGCGUUCAGAGAAAAGUCAUCAAAUAACGGUAUUGUAUCCGCUAAUACUAUUAUUGAAGAGGACAAUGACCUAUAUUGUUCGUCAUAUAGUGAAGGUAUUUUUACGGUAACAUUGAUACCAACUAGUGCUUCCAUUAAAUGUGGCUUGGAACCUAAAUUGUACACUCUCAUGCUAUCCAGCUCAGACGUUUUACUAAAAAGCUACGAUGACGAAUCAUUCAUAGUAGCGCGUUGGCCUUAUCGAUUUAUCCGAAAAUAUGGUUACCGAGAUGGAAAGUUUACAUUCGAAGCGGGACGAAUGUGCGAUACUGGUGAAGGAACAUUUAAACUAGACAAUGUCAAUCCACAGGAAAUUUUCCGAUGCAUGGCCACUAUUAUGAAAUCAAUGAAAAAUAAAAUAAACACUGGUACACCUAAUAAAUCACAUCAAUUGAACGUUGCAUUGCGUAUGGAGGCUGGUUCAAGGAGUCCUUUGCCUCCCUCGACCUCAGAUACUGCUAUUGUUACGGAAUGUCAUAACUCUUUUCGAAAUUUGCUGACGUCUUCGGAAAUAACAAACACAUCGAGCAUGCCGAACCACAUUGUUCCAUGCAAACCGCUGCGAAAAGACUUGUCGUCAAAUUUGAAUAGUAAAACUAGUUUUAAGGUAUUGUCUGAAGAAUACUGCCACAGUGAUAAUUCCAAAGUAUCGUCGAUACUCACACAUAAUUUUAAUAAUUUUGAAAACUCGAAAGAGUACGCAGAUGAGUCCAUUUAUUCUAAUGCUGUGCCAAUAAACUCCAAAAGUGAUCGAGAAUAUGAAUGUGUCGAAGACAUUACUGAGGCUUGGAAAAAACUUGGUAUAGACAAUAUAAACCAUUCGGAAAAUUUGCCAGAUAAUGAACUAUGUUCCUCGCAAGAACUCAGUUCUCAACAUUGUCUUGAAAAAUCUGCAGUUUGUAAAAAAAUGAACAAAAAUAUUGAUGAAACAUAUGAGAAGCUGAACUUUUUUCGCACAAGUUACAAGUCCUGUGGAUAUAAAACAGUUGUCUCUAUAAAUCCACAACUUUCGUUAGAUCGAGUUAAGGUAAAUGUAUCAGAUGAUUAUGAAAUUGUUGGAGAACCAACCGCAUCAUCAAACAAUCAGGAUUCUGGUAGCAGUGAAUUGGAAUGCUUCGAUGAUAACGCCAAUCAAUUGUUGCAAUCUGAACCAGAUAUUUCAGCUUCCAGGAGAGCAGAUGACAGUUAUUUAGGAUACGGUGCGAUACGCAGACCCAAUGAAGCUCGACAAAGCAUCACUGACAUCCCAGCUGUAUUAUUUACAAGUCUAACAAGUAAUGAAGAGAGUCAUGAUACUACACAAAUGACCUACUCAACGGUGUGCAAAUCGAAACGACUUUGAAUUUCACUUUAAAUAAACAACGCCUACUGUAACGUUAUUUAUUUGUGCCAAAAAUUAAAUCACGAAUAUGUCAGACUUCAGUUGAGUGGCAUACGAUACUUAGAAUGAAUAUCUGAUCUGUGCAUUUUUUAUCUAUUGGCCUUGCCAGCGUUGAAAAAGAUUUCGUAGGCUGCUCGCACUUACAGGAAAUCUCGUGCCGAACUGUCAACGCGUGAGUGUUGACAAAAGCAAAAAUACUUCCCUUUCUUUUUUUCUCACGCAAAACCCUGAACAAUAUCAGCAACGCUGGCAAGGCCAAUAAUGUAAUACAUACAUAUUACAAUUUUAAAGGUCUGCAGAUAUCCUUUGACUCUUCUGUUAAUAAUAAUUCUAAUAAUGCUAUGCAAUGUAAUAAUGCUGUAUUAAACUGAGUUAAAUUAGUGAUGUAGCCUUUGAAAAUAUCUUGUCUUUGAUGUUAUUUUAGUUUAGAACUUCAUGUAUUUGUUUUCUCUUCAGUUGUCUAUUAAUUGCAUUUAUCACGGAUUGGAUACCCAGGUGAGAGAGUGAUGUAUUACAAGGAUCAUCUAUCGCGCCAUGUUGCUGUUUGUAUAUA